CAUAAUCAUCAUACAAUCAAUGAAGAACGAUUUCAAGAACAUGAUAUAGAAGCGCGAAUAUGUACAAGUUUUGUACCUGCAAAACCAGAUAAGCCUGUUGAUGGUACUUCUCUGUGUUAUUGCAAUCGUUCAAAAAGAGAUCAUCCUCCUGGCAAUACUCUGCAAAAAAAAUGGGAUAUUAACGUACAUACAACACCAUUUGCAAGUAAAGAACAUGGAAAAUUUGCUAAUGGUGCUUGGUAUUUACGAUGUGAUUUACAUACCGAUCCAAAAAAUUUAGAAAAAAUCUUAUUUGAUGUGUGGGGGAUAACAGAACCCCGGCUAAUUAUGUCAAUAAUUGGUGGUGCUAAAUAUUUUAAAUUAACUGAAAGACUGGAAACAAAAUUUAUUAAUGGAAUUAUAACUGUUGCACUAAAAUCACAGGCUUGGUUACUAACAAACGGAUUUAAUGUGGGCAUUACGCAAUUCGUUGGACAAGCAAUUAAUAAAAGUCGUUUGGCAAGAGUGGAUGAUAAAAUUAUUGCUAUUGGUUUACCAAAAUAUGGUUGUAUUAAAAAUAUUAACGAGUUAGAAAAACAUCAACCCAUAGACGCAGAAGUAUGCGCUGUUCAGGGCUGACACUUACUUUGCAGGUACAAAACUUGUACAUAUUCGCGCUUCUAUAUCAUGUUCUUGAAAUCGUUCUUCAUUGAUUGUAUGAUGAUUAUGCUUAAAGACAUCUUAGAAAUUUACUUUAAUUCUACCAGUUUUGUCUACAUUUGUUUACCCAAUCCUCAACCUCACUGAUACAGGCUUCUUACAGCUGAAUUGAUAUAGAUCACUAUGCGAAACCUUAAAUCAUUUUUCGAUCUAAUCCUUCCAAAUAGGGAGUCGGAUUCCAGAAAAUUUUCAAUAAGUUGGACUUUAUCUCAAAGAUUUUGCAAGGAUUUUCGGGUUUGGAUUCAAAGGAUUUUUCAGAUUCCGUCUAUUCUUGCUUCCAAAAUAUUUCUUAUAGAACUAAAUUGUUUUCCAAGACUUAUGACUCUAUCUUUCACUUUUGAAACACCGCGAACCAUGUCUUUCUGAUUUUCAGUCAACAGUUAUGAUUGUCUGUUCUUAAAAAGUCUCGGUCCGAAGUAAAUUAUUUUUACAGCUCUCUCAAUUUUACACAGGACAGAACAGAGAGAUCAUAAAAGAAGUUAUGGAUUAACAUACAUUUCUCGUCAUAUUUUCCGAUACCACGUUGAAAUUUAUAUAAUAUAGUAACUCUUCUCAAUUACAGGAAUGUAUCAAUCAUAAGAUGUUAAUCAUUUCGUAACUAAUAUAAACAUGUUAUUAUUCUUUAAAAAUUUAUAAUAAACAAAAAGAUUCUUGCACACAGCUGCAGUGGUUUUUUUUCUCUUUCUUUUUUUUAAAAUUUUUUCUCUUCUUUUCUUUCUUUUAAAUUUAAAAUAAUGAUGUAUACGCAGGUUGGUCUCUUUUUUCUUUUCCGAUGUACAUGCAUUUGCUUGUCACCUUGAGAACCAUAGAAAAAAAGAAUUCUGUUUCCUUAACUAUAAAACAGAAGGUAAAGAAAGAAAGUACUGAUGAGCAUCUUCAAUCUGUGUAGAUUGUUAGUUUCUAUGUGCAUAAUAAUAAUAAUUUAAAUAUUUUUGUUAAUGACUCAAUAUAAGAAAUAGUGUACGAAAUUAAUUGUUACACAACUACAAUGUCAAAAAGACAUUGGUUUGAACAAUGUAAGUUCGUACAGGAGAAAAUAAAUUAAUUUAAUAGAUGGAACAAGAGAAAACUUUUUUGCUGUUUCCGAAUGUAAAAUUAGUGGAUUUUGAGUCUAACUUUUUGUAGAGUAAAGUGGACUGUUAGAUUUGAGGUCUCUAUUGCUCUUGAAAAAUAUGUCAGAACCAAAGGAGAAAAAGCAACACUACACUACAAGGGAUUUUUCACUACACACCACUACACGUUCACUGCACCUCACUACAUAUCUACUACACAUUCAUCACAUGUAGUGAAAAUUCCCAGAAGUAAGUAAGAGCGACAAUAAAGUAUUUCUAGUCGACUCCGCUGAACAACCGAACCAGUAGCAUCGAUGUAUAAGGUCGAAUACUUUUCGGUUUUACAAUACUUGGCAAAUCGAUCCAACUGUGCUUCAGUAAAGAAGUGAAUAGUGAACGGCCAUUCACCACUUGUUUGCAUAUAACCUGUAUGAGAAGAAAAAUUGAAAUUUAUAUUUUUUACUAUUCGUAUUACUACAUAUUCGACUAUAUGCGUCAAACAAGGACAAAAUUUAAUAAAAGUAUCACUAGAAGAACAUUAAAACAUUCUAUAAAAAGAUUCUUAAAGAUACUAUAAACAAGUAACGCUCAUCUUCGAUUCACUAACCCUUGACUGAAAGAUUCUGGUGCUAACGAACCCGACAUCGUAAGCGGUUACCUAUAAUUAACUGUUUUUAAUGAGUAAAUACUUUGAUAGAUAUAAACUUCGCUCGACCUAGACAUUUUUUUCUUUCAAAAUGUGUCUGUGUGUUACCCACUCAGUUGACCGCACUUCACUCAAGAUAAAUCUUAACUAGAUUAUCUUUUUACUAGAAGAUAGCCCAGAGUUUCAGCUAGAAAUCUAUAAAAACAAUGUUACAUACCUCAAAGAAAUUAAGAGAAAUUUUAUAUGUAUUAGUAUCGAUCCGAAAGAGAUCAUUUUGAUCAAGAAUUCUCUUGAAUAACGGAUGAGAAAAAACACCAUAGUUGCUUCUGACAUAUGUUGUAUUCAAUAACUCAUCAUCGAGAUUAUCCAUACUAGAAGAUAAUUUUGUCAGUUAAUGCUAAAUACAGCUCACUGGUCAAGGUAAAACUCGUCUGUACUCAUUCGAACUUAAAAACUUAUAUGUGCGCAAACGGACGUCCUUUCGUGACCCUUCCCGUCAAGAGAUCUGAAAAUAUUUCUCAUCGAUUCGUCAUGAUCUAUUAUCUGUAUUUUGUAAGUUUCAUUAUCCGCAGACUAUUUUUGGUGUUAUCAGAAGCUGACGGAUUUCUAGCGCUAUCUGUCUUUUGACUGCAGAAAAAAAGAGCUUCACUUUGUUUGUGUCUGCGUCAGCAGGUAUUUGACGCGAUACACCGACAGAUGAGCUUCCCGACACUUGAGCUCUUGACAUUUGAGCCCGCGAUAUUUAAGCCGCCAGAUGCCUGAGCCUUCGUUAUUUGAGCCUCCCACAGAUAGGCAUUAAAUGACUGAGUUCUAUACCCGCUCCCCACAGAAUAGAAAGCCAGUCUGGAACAAAAACUUUUUGAAGAACGCCCUAUAGAGGGGCAAGCAAAAAACGUGCGACGUGCAAAACCAUCAUAGAAGGCCACAGUCUUCUAUUCGGGGAUUUACUGUUAAAUAAUACACUAAUUGAUUGACUGAUUAAAAUUUGAUUUGGCUUUCUAACGAGUUGGAAAUAUAUAUAUGAGUGAAAUGCAACUUUAUUGUACAAUUGCAUUUUUUAACCGUUUUUUCUGCAAUUCCAGUUCCAAUAAUGCGAUCUCAAAAAAUUUUUUUUCUCACCUUAAUGUAUCUCCCACUACCGCAAAAAGUUUCAGCUCGGUAACUCAUCAUUCGGAUGAGAUAUAAGAGUGGCAAGUCCAAAAAUCCAUUUUUUUCGAUUAGUCAUCGAUAGAAAACGAGAUUUUUUAGAGAACAAAACAAGAUGUUGAUUUUUUUUGGUUCUAUUUGACGAAAACAGAUUUACAGACAAAGUGUAGACCCAGUUUAAAACGAUCCUAGAGGGGACAAGAAACAUCUUUUUUAAAAAAAACCAAAACGAGUAAAAGAUAGAGCGUAAAAAAUACUACAAAACUAUCUAAAAACAGUUUUAGUAAACUUCUUUUAAUUAGGCCGGAAGACCACAAAAGCUUUAAUUACGCACUAACUGUAGACCCAGUUUUUCAGAAUUGUUUUGCCUUUUAUUCCUCAACAACUGAAAGAAAAUCAGUCG